CCGAUCGAGAGAAAUAUCGCCCGGCGAAAGAAUCGAUCCGAAAGUUUAACCAACGGAAGACAAAAAAGAAAAGUAAGAGAGAGAGAGAGAGAGAGAGAGAGAGAAAGAGAAGAGUACGGUCGCAGAGGUAAGACUUGGGCUUUCGAAAGCAAAAGUGAAAGAAGAAACCUCUCCUCCAGACCGAGGAGACUAGAGUCGUUGUACCUUUAUCUCGAGUGUCGAGAGUGAAUUAUAUUGCAGUAAAAGUUUUUUGGAGCAAUCUCCGAAUAACACUGGCCUAACUGUAUAAAAAUAUUAAAGAAAGAUAGAAAGAACAAAUAGAGACACGGGAAAACAAUUGUCAAUGAUAAUUAAAAGAAAGCAACAAGUGAAUAAUAAAAACAGACUGACUGCUGUUAGAAGGGAGUUAAAAAAAAAGUAAUAUAAAAAAAAAAAAAACAAUACCUAGAAACUGUUGUAGAAAAACAACAAAAAGAAAAAAAGAAGAUUAAACAAGGGGUUACAGCGGUGAAGGACUGAUUAAACAAUCCCCCCGUAGAAAGGAAAAAAAGCAACCGCUUCAAUAAAGAAGAAAAAAAAAAAGAAAAUACUAGAAAAAAAACACACGCAAUCACACAGAAUGACGAUCGGAACGCUUUGGUUCUUCAGCUACGUCUGUAUUGGCCUAGCACUGGCGGUUGGUAACCGUUUGGACAGUCCAUCGGCGAACGGUGUUGUAGGGAAGGAAGAAAAGACGCGAGAUGCGAAGCUCGCCGGAGCGAGUCAGGGAAAAAUGGGCCACCUCCACCUGCGAGCUCACCAGUACGACGGAUCGCGUCGCGACGCCGUUCAAGAUUGGCUCCAGACGUACGACGAUCAGACGGAUAACAUGGUCCCGGGAUUCGGACUAGGGAUAGGCGGUGGAGGUGAGAUGAGGUACCGGGACGUGAUUAUGGACGAGGCGAGCCAGCCGGCAAUCAGGACACUGCUGCCACGGCACGAGCAGCUGCCCUUCCUGUACGAGGAGGCGGCCUUCUACCAGCAACAGCAGCAGCAGCACCACGCGAGGAAGAGACCAGGGGGCUUCAAGCAGGCCAAGAAGGUCGUCGGGCUGCCACCCCUGGUCUACGGGGGAUCGGAGGAGGAAACGCCGCCGGGCCAGUCCGAGCAGGGUGGAACCGGCAGGACCUCGAACAUCGAGGACUUCUUCGACCAGCAGAACUCGCGAAGCGGCCCGACGCCCUUCGACAACCUUGGCGGCCUACCCGUUGAGCCCCCUGACUCACCCCACAAGCUUCAGGGGGGCGGAAUCGGGCUGAGUCCGCUUCUAUUCGACACCGAUAAACCACCCGGGAAACGUACCGCCGCUUCGUCCGGAUCGGGAUCAUCGAUGAUCAACCAACAGCAGCUCCCAUCGCCUCCCGGCAGUGCGGCUAUCGCUUCGCAGUUCAUGCUCAGGUCGGCAAGGGGCAACAGACAGUACGACGUUCCUCAGAUUGAGUGUCCAUCCUCGGAGGACGGAAUGGAACGGUUCGCGUGCCCAACGCCGGACCGGAUGGGACGAUAUCGGUGCAUAGACGACCACGUGUUGUGCGACGGUUUCAUAGAUUGCCCGACAGGGGAGGACGAGGAUAGACAGGCCUGCAUGUUCUACAAGACUACGAAAGCGCAUCUCGACGUUUUGGCGGACGCGUUGCUGCGAUGGGCAAGAGGACGCUAAUAAAGAUGCACAUGCAUGCCUAUAUAUAAUGACAUACAUACGCAUAUAUUAUACAUACGACGACAACCGCCUGCAAGAACAUCGUCCAACGGUCCUGGAGAGUAAAAAAAAAAGAAAAAAAUUACAAAAAAAAAAAAAAAACAACAGCAACAACAA